GUCUCUUUCAUUUUUGCAGGCCAAGCCAUGUGGAAGAUGGGGAACCCAGUGAUGCCGGAAGAACGUGCAAGGAAGAAACUUGCUGAAUUUCUACAAAAUAUUGACAACAAUGACUGUGUGUGGAUGGAUGAGAUUAUUGAAGAGGCUAAAAAGAUGUUUACGAGUGGCUCCAGUGAUGAACCUGAGCUGAUGCCAAAAACACCAUCACAGAAGAGUCAUAGGAAAAAGAAGCGUUUUUCUUCUGUUAAGAAUGAUCACUUUGCUACAAAGAGGUUGUCAAGAAGAGAGAGUACUCGGUUAUUUUCCAAACGGAUUACCCGAAGUCGGAAAAACUUGGAAAUUAAUGUAGAGAAUGCCUCCCCUUGUCAUCGUGUUACUAGAUCUCGGGCUGCCUCAUCUGCCAGAGUCUCAGAUGCUUCUCUUAAGAAACUAUCUUUCAAUUUAGCCAAAGAUCGGUUACCACUAGUAGUAAUCAGUGCUAAUGAGAGGCGUAGUGCAGAACUGCAGGCAAAAAAAGUGCUACCUCAGACAGAUACAGCUGAUUUGAUUCUUAAAUUAUCUGAGGAGGGGUCUCCUAUAAAGAGAUCACCUUUGACCAAAACUUGCCUUGUGGCGAAAGAAACUCCUGAAGCCGAAAUAAAAGAGGGACGGGGAAUAUGCAAGAUGAAAAUAGCAGAAGUACCCGGUGCCGCUGAAAACAAAGAAUCCAGUACUCAGAACCAAGAACCAAGUGCCCAGAACCAAGAGGACAGCUGGGCUUCUGAAUCAGAGGCUGCUCAGAAGUUAAAACAGAGCUCACAAGCACCCACUAUUUCAAAAGCAAACCGUCGCUCAGUCCGCCUAAGCAGGACCUCCAGAGCCUCUAUGGCUGAGAGAUACUCACUCAGUACUAAAAGGGAAAGAAUGAUCCGGAGAUCUAGUCGGAAGUCUUUGUCAAAGCGGAAAACAUCCCAGCAGUCAUUAUCUGCUAGGCAUGAAAGUUGUCAUGUUGCUGUGGCUGAAGAAAUUACUGAAUCUGGACUGAUGAUAGAGCCACCAUCUCAGAAGGUUGAUGAGAACCCUCGCAUGUCCCUUCGUUCUCACAAGGCCAGUAUGCAAGCAGUUAUCAAACCUGUGGAACAAGAUGGAGAUGACAAAGGUCAGUAUACUCCUUGGCUAAGUAGCAGUAGAAGGUAAACGGUGAGUUGGAUA